AUGCUGUCAAGUUCGAACCCCGUGCCCAAGCUCUACCUCUCCAUCAUCGAGGAUGUGAUUGAGAGCAUGCGAGAGCUGUUUUUGGAUGAAGGGUUGGAGGAACGUGUGCUGGAAGACCUGAGACAGCUGUGGGAGUCCAAGGUCAUGCAGUCGAAAGCAGUGGAGGGCUUCAGGAAUGACACCCUCAAUCCAUCCAACUUUGUUCUGCAGCUCCCAGCAAACUAUGCCCAUACUCUCCAUAAACCCGCAGCCUCAAUAGUUAUUCCUGCGGGUCAAAACAUUCAGAACUUCACCACAAAGAACAGCACUGGUAGUCUUGCCACUUUUGCUCUUCCGCCUGGCGUGAGCUAUCCUGUUCAGAUCCCUGGGGGAGUGACUCUGCAGACCACCUCAGGUCAGCUGUACAAAGUCAGUGUCCCAGUGAUGGUGACCCAGGCCCCUGCAGGCCACCGUAUCCUUUCCCAGCCUGUGCGGCACCUUCUUGAGCAGAAGGAGGCACAGGCAUCCCAGGGAGCUGUACCCCCCACCAUCCUGCAGACCGUGGCCCCCCCGUUGACAGACCUGUACACACCCCCUGCACCUGCUGGGCUGCUUCAGCACCCCCCCGAGGUUCAGCAGCAGCAGGUCCUCCUGACCCAGAGCACCCCUCCCAACCCCCCCGCCGCACAGCCUCCCGUGAUCCUCCAGGCCCCGCAGCUGCCCCCGGACAGCCCCAGUGACAGUCUGUUCACUGGGGAUGGCAUCGAGUUCAGCCCACAGCCGCUGGAUAUGAGCCUGCCCAUGCCCCUCUCCGCCCAGCUGUCUGGCCUCCAGGCUCCGUCCUGCCAGAUGCCGGUGCUGGGGUCAGAGGUCAGCGUUCAAGGGGAGGAAGAAAUGCCUAAAGAGGAGGCAGGCGCUGUGGCAAAAGAGGCUGAAGGUGCCUCCCCUGAGGCUCCUGCAAAGCUGGAGGCGGGGCUGAUGCAUGACUACGGCUAUAAUGCGCUGGGGGACAUCGUGCAGCUGGACGGGCCGUGCGGCAGCAGCUCGGAGGAGGACGGGGGGGACGAGGGGGCGCCCGAUGGGGCUGUCGCUGGGGAGAACGAGUUCCUGGGCAUGAUCAGCGCGGAGGCCCUGAGGGCGCUGCAGGAGGGCGAGGACAGCUCGCCCGGGGGCAGCUCCGACAGCGACAGCGACAAGGCGGAAGAGCCGCUCGUGGAAGAGGAGGAGGACCCCCUGAACUCUGGGGAUGACGUCAGUGAGCAGGAUGUCCCAGACCUCUUUGACACAGACAACGUUGUGGUGUGUCAGUAUGACAAGAUUCAUCGCAGCAAGAACAGGUGGAAGUUCUACCUGAAGGAUGGGGUGAUGUGUCUUGGUGGAAAAGACUAUGUGUUCUCCAAAGCGGUGGGGGAGGCUGAGUGGUGA